UAGCAGGCAAGCCAUCAUUCAACGUGUCUGUCGGAUCAUACAGUAGGAGGAAAUGAAUACUUACUUUGAGUAUUUUUCAAGUGGAGACGUUUUAGCAUUGUCAGCUAAGUUCUGCCAUGCUGAACACAGGCAUGGCCCUCUUCAAACUUAUUCCGUUCCCGGAGAGAGUAUUGGGAGUGUGCCCGUAGGUGCAAAUUACCAAGAUCAGCAUCAAUCUCAUACUCGUUCACCAAUCAGGUUUCCUCCGGGUACUUUAGAAAUACCCUACGAUAGCAGUCAAAAUGAGGCCGAGUCCAGCUACCUGGGCCAGGAUGCAGCAUAUGGUUUGACAUAUGGAUGUCAUAACGAACCAGACGACAUCGGGCAACAGGUUCAAUACAUGACUUCUGUAUACCCAGGAAAUGAAUCAUUUCCACUUAACCAUGGACAAUCUGGUUACAACAGCCUUGGCGAGCAAGAUCUUUACAACCAAUGCAAUAAGGAACAGCGUGAUCGUGAUAUUUAUUUGGGAAGUUAUCGAAGUCUUUCAAGAAGUUACCUAAAACCAAAUUCACCAAGAGAUGAGACACCGGUCGUAGCAAAUACAUUUGAGUGGAUGAAAAUCAAAAGAAACAAUCCCAAAACCAGUAAAGUGACCGAAUGUGGAUUGACCAAUACAGCUCGGACGAAUUUUACUACCAAACAACUCACAGAACUGGAAAAGGAAUUCCAUUUUAACAAAUAUCUAACCAGAUCCAGGAGAGUGGAGAUAGCAACAACGCUCCAGCUAAACGAGACCCAGGUGAAGAUCUGGUUUCAGAACCGGAGAAUGAAACAAAAAAAGAGGGAAAGAGAUGGCCUUGCGGUUUCGGCACCCUUUAGCUCAAAUAACUCGGACACUUCUGCCUCAGAAAACAGUUCCCCAAUUUCAUCUCCUUCUUGCUCUCCGAGAAGUUCUGCAUGAAUGUAGGCCAAUGAUAUUUAACUGUUUAUAUAUGUUUCCGGUUAUUUUCAGAGGGGGUUCAUGUGGCCAAGUUGUAAAACGUGAUGAUUUACAAUGCUGAAAACAAACUUGUAUUUUAUGUGAAUGCAGCAUGUUCCCUAUGUAAGCGCUAAAAAAAAAAAAAAAAAAAUCUGCAUUUUAUUACAAUUUGAAAAAUGUGACCAAUACAUCCAUUCAGGGACCGUCCCAUUUGUCAGAUACACAGGUUUGCAAUACUGUUUUAACUAAUAAUUGUUUUAUUUAGUUUUUGUCAAUGAACAAAAAACAGUAACCAAAAAAUAAUCCACUAGGCCUAUUCCUUGCACUAAUGUUUCGUUAUGAUGCUAAAUUAUUCCUGUAUAUUUGUAAAUAUUCUAUAGGCAUAGUAUUUUGUUUUCAUUAUGUACGUUGUCCCAUACAACAUGUCUAUUUUAUUUUUUUUUUAAAUGAUUGUUUAUGUCAAACACAAGUAUUGCCUUAGCAUUAACGAGUUGCUUGUGAAGUUUACUGUCUGCCAGCCAAAGAGCUAUUGAAAGCUGCUAAACAUCUCUUCAAACUAUCCAAAUGUAAAGCACCAAAGACUUCCAAAUCAGAAUACCUGUUUGUGUUUGUACUUCUAUUUGAACUAACCACAGAAGCAUCAGGUUAAACGCCAUGGUAAAUUUGCACUAUUUAAAUCUCAGGUUAAAAGAUUAACUUGCUGCUAAGUAACAAGGUGCCUCUUAUUUAUCGACACGCUAAUGCUGGUUUUAAGUUCAUGUUUUUCAGAGACUGGAUGAAGAUGUAUAUAUGUGUUCUGUUUAUAUGUAAUUGAAAAUCCUUACAAUCUAAUAUGAAUCACUCAGUUUCUUCUAUUGGAAGUGUUGUUUUGCAGUCCUCUUUGUUACAGGUGAAAUCUAACACCAACGCAUGUAAGCAUUUGUUUGUUUGUUUUUAAUAAAAUGACAUUGCCAGCA